CGCCCAGUGAGCGCCGGCAGCCCCGCCCCCGAGCCCGGCUCUUAAAAGGGCCUCUGGGUACCAGCUGGCAGCAUUGACCUGGUGACGGUGAGGACUCAGACCAUCACCAAGACCAUGGACAGGAAACUGAGGGUGAAGAGGCUGGACGGCACAGAGAUCUUCGUGCCCCUGAGCAACUCCAUGACGGUGUCAGAGCUGAAGCAGCAGAUCACCAAGAGUACCGAGGUGCCCGCCUUCCAGCAGCGCCUGGCUGUCCCCAGCGGGGAGAUGCUGCGUGAAGGGGUCCCCCUGGUGGCCCAGGGCCUGGGAGCGGGGAGCGUCGUUCUGCUGCUGGUGCAGGACUGCGACGGUCCACUGAGCAUCCUGGUGCGCAACAGCAGUGGUCAUUGUAGAACUUACGAGGUCCGGCUGACACAGAAGGUGGCCCAGCUCAAGGAGCAGGUGUGCAGACGCGAGGGUGUCCAGGCCAACAUGUUCUGGCUGAGCUUCGAGGACAAGACCAUGGAAGAUGAGCGCCAGCUGGGGGAGUAUGGGCUACAGCCAAACUGCACUGUGUACAUGAACUUGCGCCUGCGUGGCGGCACACACCGUCUCCCACAAUAAAGCUGCAGAGCCUC